AUGGGCUAUGAACUGAAGGUGUUGGAGGUGGCUGAUCCAAUGCCAGGCACCCAACACGUGGAGAUCCGGGCGCACUUCACGCGCGUAGCAGCGCGCGUAGCAGCGCGCGUGCCGGGGGUUCCCGGCGGCGCGCUGCGGAGGGGCGUAGCCGGGCGGUCGACCUGUGCCAAGACGGAGUGGCUCUGUGGUCGCUGCGAGAAUUUGGUCUUCCGCCGGCACCGGCACCUCUGCCCCCGCUGCGGCGCGCUGCGGGAGGCCGGAGCUGAGGCCCGGCUGCGGCGCAAGGUGGAGAUAUCCACGGUCAUCAAAGCCUUGCAGAGAGAUGCCGACGUGAGGGAAGACUGGCUGGCACACUGCAAGGCAUCAGAUGCAUCCAAGGAUCCCAUGAAGCACCUACACGAAUCCAAUGUGCAGUUCCUGCAGCAAUGGCUGUCACAUCCUGGGCUCCAAGCCUAUCAAAGCCUUCUUCACCAGCAUGGGCUGCUGCUUCCCUCUUCCUCGCCCACCAUGGACACCUCCGGGUCGUCCCCCUCCGGGUCCCCUGCGGGGGUCACGUUGCCCGCCCUGCGCCUGGGCCGUGCAUGGCCUCGACGGCUGCUGCUGCUGUGGGCGGAGCGGGUCGCCACGGCGAUCCCCUGGGCCCAGGAGCUGCUGGAGAGCGUGGCCGGCAGCGGAAGCGAUGCCUGCGGUGCCUGCGAUGCCUGCGGCUUGCGGCGGUUGUGGGUCAGCCACUCAACGCUGCGGCCCAGUGGUCCUUGGGAUUGGCUGGACGUGACGCAGACGCAAGAGCUCUUGGGAUCCGAGCGAGACAUCUGCGUCUUGGUUUGCUCGCCUCACCUUCACGCCGAUGCCUUCGGGGUCUUGUCUGGCUUGCUGCUGGGCGGUGGCUUGUUGGUGCUGGUGGCUGAGACCGGGCGCGCCAGGUCUCCUUUUCAGAGCUCGCCCUUCGACCGACGUUUCUGGCACUUCUUGCAGCGCUGCCCCCACGCGCGCCUCGCGUACGGCAGCCCCUGUCUCGAGCACGUGGGCGAGGAGCACGAGAACGGCGCGGCCGCGCACGCGGCGACGGCGGCGGAGGCCGAGGAGGCCGAGGAGGCCGAGAUGAAGACGGUGGGGCUGUGCAAGACGGUGGAGCAGAAAGCAGCACUGGAGGCCUUGUUGAACCAUGUCCAGACGACCCGUGGCAGCGCCGUGGCACUCUUGGCACCACGGGGGCGUGGCAAAAGUAGCUUGCUCGGGCUGCUGGCAGCAGCACUCAAAGAGGACGUGCUGGUAGUAGCUCCGACAGUGAGCUCGGUGGUGGAAGUCUUUCAACGCGCAAAGAAGGCACUGGCCACACGGGCACAGGUGCUGGAGCAUCAUGCAGGCGCCGAGGAUUGGUGUCUGGAGGUCAUGGAGAGCGGUUCCACUUGGCGGAUCUCGCUCCACAUCGGACUGCCCGAGCUCUCCGCGACGACGCUGCUGCUCGACGAGGCCGCGCGCUUUCCGCCCGCGGCGCUCCAGGCCGUGCUGAUGGCCGCGGCGGACCGGGCGGCGCGGUGCGUGGUGGCCAGCACCGUGCAUGGCUAUGAGGGCACCGGAAGCGGGUUGAUGAGGCUGGUGGAGCAGUUGCAAUUGGAGGUGGUGCGGCUGCGGCAGCCGAUCCGGUGGCCUCCGGAGGAUCCACUGGAAGGCCUGGCCUCGAAGACGUUGCAACUCGAUCCGGAACCGCUCCCAGUCGAUCGGACGCUCUACGAGGGACUACGAGCUGAGGAGCUCUCGGUGGAGCGCGUGCGACGCCCGGUUCUCCUCCAGAACGAAGAGAUCCUUCGCGAAGUCUAUGGGCUGCUGUCCAUCGCCCACUACCGCACGGGCCCGGGGGAUUUGCGCAUGCUCCUGGACGAGACCCGCCUCGAGGUCUUUGGCCUGUGGAACCGACGGCGGGGCGUGACCGUGACGGUGGGAACUGGUCUGUGCGCCUGCGCGUUGCUGGUGCAUGAGCAACGAGGGAACUUGAAGCGCCAUGACCUUCUGGCAGAGUCACUGAAGGAGUCCUUGGGGUGUCCGGGCCUGGAAGAGAGUGAGCCAAAGACGGAAGAGCCCUUGAGAUGUGUGAGAGUCGUGCGUGUGGCGGUGCAUCCGGAGCUCCAAGGUCGAGGCUUGGGGCGGCAACUGGUCAAGGAGCUCAGUGCCACCCUCCAAGCACGAGGCUCGGUGGAUCUGCUGGGCGUCGUCUUCCGCGGCCCCGCGCCGCGCCUGUGGCGCUUCUGGCGCGACGCCUGCGGCUGGAGCGCCCGCGCGGCGCCCGCGCAGAAGCUGUCGCUGUUCCUGCGGGCGGUGUCGGCGCGGGCAGAGCAGUGGAUGGAAACGGCGAAGAUGGAAGCAGGAUGA